AUGGAAACCAAGAAACUUAUUGUUAUCCUCGGGGCCACGGGAAAUCAGGGUGGCUCAGUCGCAGAGGUUUUCCUCCAGGAGCCGCAAUGGCGUGUCCGUGCGGUGACGAGGAACCCGGCCAGCAAAAAAGCUCAAGCCUUAGCUACCCGCGGUGCGGAAGUGAUCCAAGCGGAUUUAGAUUCGCCAUCGACCCUCUCGUCGGCCUUUGAGAACGCGAAUGCUAUUUUCGCUGUCAGUGACUUCUGGGGUCUAUUUGGUGAUCCUGCCAACGAAGCCAAGGCGAAGGGUCAGCCGCUCAAUGUCUGGGCUGCCAAUCAUGAGACCGAGCAACUAAAGGCAGUUAUCGAUGUUGCCGCGAGGAUUCCUACGCUGGAGCGCUUCGUGUUGUCAUCUCUUUCCGACGCGACGAAGUGGUCCCGGGGAAGAUACACGCACGUCUACCACUUCGACUCGAAAGCCAAGGCAGAAGCGUACGGAAGAGAAACCUACCCUGAGCUGUGGAAGAAGACAAGUAUCUUCCAGGCUGGGUUUUUCUUGAGCAAUUUUGUCUCGAAUCCAAUGUUCCAGCCCGUGAUGACAGCGCAUGGUACAGUCCAAUUCGUUGGGAAUUUAGAUCCAGACGUUAAACUGCCUUUCAUCGCCGCGGAAGAAGAUACCGGCCCAAUUGUCAAGGCCCUUGUGCAAGAGGGCGCUGGGAAGAACAUCAUCGGCUAUCGGGAAUGGAGCUCCUUACGCGAAAUUUCGAAGGCAUUUUCUCAAGCUACUGGGGCAGAAACAGAUUGCAUCCAGUUACCAGGAGGGCAAUCGAGCGUCCCCCUCCCGAGUGAACUCCAACUUGAAUUGGACGACAAUUGGGCUUAUUGCAACGAGUUUGGAUACGAGGGCCGAGAUGACCCCACAAUCAUCCAUCCCAAAGAGUUGGACUCGCUCCUGCAGCUGGACAGUGUGGUAGAGUACUUCAGGAAGCAGGAUUGGUCCAAUGUCUUCACACAAGGAAAUUAG